CAGACGCUGCUCACACCACAACAAACGUUCCGCGAGGACGCUACAUGCCGGGAGCAAUAACACUCGCCGGUCAAAAUAAACGUUAAUUAACCGCUCAACAGCAACAAAAAUACUAUGGCGAAACAUCAUCCUGAUCUUAUCUUCUGUAGAAAGCAGCCAGGAGUUGCUAUCGGACGUCUGUGUGAGAAAUGCGACGGCAAGUGUGUGAUCUGUGACUCUUACGUGAGGCCCUGUACUCUGGUGAGGAUAUGUGACGAGUGCAACUACGGCUCUUACCAGGGUCGGUGUGUCAUCUGUGGAGGGCCAGGUGUGUCAGAUGCUUAUUACUGCAAAGAAUGUACAGUUUUGGAGAAAGACCGUGAUGGAUGCCCAAAGAUCGUAAACUUGGGAUCAUCAAAGACAGAUUUGUUCUAUGAAAGGAAGAAAUAUGGAUUCAAGAAAAGAUGACUUGGCUAUUUAAAUUGGAGUAAUUGUGAUUGUGCAUGGCAUGAUUGGAGAGUAUGUGCAGUAAUGGUCAGCUUUAUACUGAUAUGUUUUAAAUAAAAAAAAAUAUAAAAUUAAACACUGUAGUACAA